AUGGCAGCUGUCUCUAUUACUGUUCUGUCUCAUGAAAACAUUAAAUAUUUAUGUGAUGCAUAUCUUGGCACUCUGCGUAUAAAUAGCCUAUGUAUUUACUUGUGUGGCUUAAUAGAAGCGUUUAUAUAUUUCCUAAAACUAUUUAAGAAUAUAUUAACCGACAUAGUGAUAACCCGAAUUUGCUAA